CCCUGGACGCCUUUGCUCAAGGACAGACAGCUUCUCCUUCUAAUUGAUCAACACACUUCUUCGCGAUGGAUUUCAUGUUUAGACGACAGGCUGCGGCAAAGAACCAUGCUGCAUACAUUUACAAACACCCUCAUAUGGGCAAGACCUACGGCGCCUACAGUGUCAGCGGAGGGGCAGGCGGCCAUGGGACCAAGAUCUCCACGGCGUACAAGCAGUUCGGGGGUGGGUAUGACUACCAGUCCUCUGAAUCCCCCUCUGGAACCCCGGUCUUCACAAACGCAAAGGUCACCAUGCAGCUCCUUAACGACCGGCUGGCCAGCUACCUGGAGACGGUGAGGAGUCUGGAGAAGGCCAAUGGCAGUCUGGAGAUCAAGAUCAGGGAGACCAUAGAGAAGAGAGGCCCCUUAGAGGGGAAGGACUUAAGUAAGUACAACGCAACCAUCAUCGACUUGAGGGCCAAGAUAUUUGACAUGAUCAUGGGCAAUGCCCAUCUUGCCCUUUCUCUCGACAACGCAAGCCUGGCUUCCGAUGACUUGAGGAUGAAGAUGCAGUACGAGAUUUCCAUGCGUCAGACAGUGGAGGCCGAUGUGGCCAGACUGAGGAAAAUUCUUGACGACACCAACCUUAUUCGCCUGCACCUGGAGAGCGACAUUGAGUCUCGGAAGGAAGAGUUGAUCAUUCUGAAGAAGAACCACAAGAUGGAUGUUGAGGAAUUGCAUGCCCAGGUCACCCAGGUCGGCGUCCGUGUGGAUGUUGACGCUCCUAAAGGACAGGACCUGGCCAAGAUCAUGGAGGAGAUGAGGGCCAAGUAUGAGAAGAUAGCUCUGCAGAACCAGGAUGAGCUCAAAAUAUGGCAUGAUUCUCAGAUCACAGAAGUGCAGGUCCAAGUGACUGAGAGUUCAAUGGCUCUGAAGGAAGCCACCACUGGGUUAUCAGAUACUAAGAAGAGGUAUCAAGCACUGGAGAUUGAAAUGCAGUCCCAGCUUAGUCUGAAAAAAUCCAUGAAGGCCACACUUCGCGACAUUGAAAUGCGCAACAACACUGAGAUCGAGAAGUACAACGUCAUCACCCUGAGGCUGCAGGAGGAGCUCACUCGCAUCCGCACCAACAUCCAGCACAACAAACGGGAGUACGAGCACCUGCUCAACAUCAAGGUGAAACUGGAGGAAGAGAUCAUCGAGUACAGGAGGCUGCUGGGCGGCGAGGCCGACUUUACUCUACUGAAUGCAGUUGAUUCAAAGAAGGUCCAGACCAAAGUGGUGACGGUCACUCAGACUCUGGUGGAUGGCAAAGUGGUGUCAGAGAGCAAGGAUGUCCAAUCCAGUGAAAUUGUUAGUUAGUAAAUACAGAAGCAAAAAUAAAAUAAACAAAAGAAAGA